AUGUUUUCUGGAGGGGAAGAGGGAGAGCUCCAAGUUAGAGGCAUGCAACAUCUAAGCCAGGCGCUGGUCUUGCAGUUCGCCCUUUCCCCACCCUCAUGCGCCCCAGGCCAUUUAAGUUACCUGCUGGCCGGGGCGGUGCAACGCGUGCCUCUGGGUCCUGGAGCAGAGGAACUGGAUGCAAAACGGAGGAAGCCCCUUUAUCCGGUUGGGGAUUUCCGGGCCGAGGUGCAGGACUUCAUGGAGGCGCUUGUCCCCAAAGUCUGCGGGCCAGGGGGUGCCCUGCAGCCACCUUCCUUGGCCAGGUUGCAUUUCCAGGUGACUAGGUUCAUCAUGCAGGCAGGCUUCCAACUCGGCCUGCGCUCCGUCCCUGUCGCCACCGCCUGCACCAUCUACCACAAGUUCUUCGGGGAGACCCACGAGGACGUCUAUGACCCCUACUUGGUCGCCAUGUCUUCCCUCUAUCUGGCCGGCAAGGUGGAGGAGCAGCACCUGCGAGCCCGGGACAUCAUCAACGUGGCCUACAGGUACCUCCACCCUGGAAGCGAACCCCUGGAUCUGGAUGCCCACUUCUGGGAGAAGCGAGACAGCAUGGUGCAAUGUGAGCUCCUGGUGCUGCGAGUCCUGCGUUUCCAGGUCGCCUUCCAGCACCCCCAUAAGUACCUGCUCCACUACCUGCUGUCCCUCCAGAACUGGAUGAACCGCCACACCUGGCAGCGGACCCCCAUCGCCCUCACGGCCUGGGCCCUGCUGCGCGACAGCUACCAUGGGGGGCUGUGUCUCCGCUUUCGUGCUCAGCACAUAGCCGUGGCAGUGAUCCACCUGGUGUUGCAGGCCUAUGGGGUGAAGGUACCCGCCCAGGCUGAGGCCGGGAAGCCUUGGUGGCAGGUGUUCUGCGACGACAUAACCAAACCAAUCAUCGAUGACAUUGUGUGUGAACUCAUUCAGAUUUAUAUCUUGGACACAGAGAUCCCCUAA